AUGACGAGGCAACGGCCGGAAACAGGGGUGACCACCGCCAUCGCCUCGGAGCCUUUCAAUACAUCGGCACUUGACCUCGAUCGCCGCGAUAGCAAGAUCCAAAAGCUCAAAGAUACACGUCAAAACCUCGCCUCUAUAGCAGGGCCAUCGACAAUCGAAUACGAGGUGGAAAGGAUCCGCGAUGUGAUCCGAGGCAAAGCUCUGGACGAAGACUUUUCCACAGCCGUUCGCGAGCGAUGGCAGACAUGGUCGCGCAACGCAAACCCAUUUCGCUCGGAUCUGGGCUCUUCGGCCGCUUCGGAGCUGAAAGGCGCUGACGACUCAGCUUCCGAGUCGGAUGCUCCGUCAGAGGAUUCGGCAGCGGAGGAUCCCGACAAUCAAGGCGCGGACGAUCUACCUCAGAAGAACAAGCGCAAACGGACUGGCCGCACCAAAAGCGACAAAAGGCAAGACGGUUCUCGGGAAGUCAACAUUAUCGAAGAAUGGGAAGGAAUCAGAACACAAAGAGAAGUCCUUCUCAAGGACAUGGACGCCGUUCUUCCAAGCGCCUUUCGAUUCACUGAGCGUCAAUUGAAGGUGUACGCUAAUCGGCUCAAAUCCAAAUACAUCAACUCGCUCGACCGUCCGUUUGAAUCAACCGACAUUCACAGACUUUUGCAUCAUGCUCCACCGAGAAACAAGCCCACAGCUGCCCGCGCUUCCGAGGCUGGGUCAUCGUCUUCGACAGUGGUCGGAUCAUCAUCGGCGCCGCUCGUAUUUACCAUUUCGUUCUUCAGCAGCAAUAUCGACGGGAGCAGAGAAGACGCUGCAGCAAAGAGGGAUGCCGACCCUUCCACCACAAACGAUGACACGGAUGGAGACAACGCGAGGGACGAGUACGUCAAACGCAUCUGCGGUGAUGGUUUGGGGGGCAUGAAGCGCGCACAAACAGUUCGAUUGCUCUCGAACCAGACCUUGUCAGAUCUUCAAACCUCGCUCUGCUGCUGGUCUGAUGAGCUGCCAGAACGUUUCGGAUGGCGAAGUCGACUGCAGCGACACGAGCAGAGGCGAAUUCUGUCAGGUUCUACCCACCACUUCCCAGUCAGUGGCGUCGGCGUCGAAGAAAGCACCGAUGUUCGUCUUGCAAGAUACACCGGCAAACGAAGGCAAACGGACACGGCACUCAUCAUCGAGGACAAGCUCUACACAAAGGGCGUUCACCACGGAGAGUCAUCUCACGAGGUUGAUUACGCUACGCUCUUCGACCAGUGGAAGCAGUCGACCGGAAACACAGACGCCAAGGUCGGAUGGAGCGAAAGGGGAGGCAACCUCGAUCUGCGCCUCGACCAAAUCAGCGCACUACGCGCAGGCCAGCCGUACUGGUUGCUGCAUCAAGGUGAUUGCGUCCACUGUUUCGUCAUCGAGCAAGUCCGAGCGCUCCGUCCGAGCGAGCAGAGAGCGCUUCGCAAGAAUGCCGCCGGUGUAAAUGUAGAGAGCGCCCCGAAAGGAACCGAAUUCGUUCCCUUCCCGCGUGUCACUUGGCUUUCCACUCCCGCUAUGCUUCGAUUUGCAGCCGAUCACAACCACAAUUACGGCCUCGGUCACCACAUUUUGCGUUGGGAGGGCACGCUUCCUCCUUCACAACCGUCCCAGCUUAGGGAACAUGUUGCACCAGAAGCGUCGGGCUCGAAACAGGGCGAUGCUACCCCACAAACUUCGUGGCAAAUCGCCAACCUUCGGACGAGGCGUAAGGACGAAGGCCUGUUGCGCAAGAAGCAGGGCAAGUGUCUCGCGUGCUCGCUUCGCAAAGCGCAGGUUGGGAUCCUUGGAGGAGACUCGGUUCGCUUGCCUUUGGCGCCCACGGAUCCUGACAAGGAUGACGGUACUCAAGACACGCCCGCCAUCGAUGGUCUAGAUGACCACCUCACGUCGAUCUGUACGCCAUGCGCUGCAAUCCUUGGCCUUCCGACCAAAUCGACCUCGACUGGAACUUCUGCUGAACUCGACUGGGAUCAGAUUGCUGCCAUGGACCAUCGCACUGGAUGGACCGUCUUCCCUCUUUAUUGA